AUGCUCACACGUCCAGUCAGUGUUGUUGGUGGCUUGAGCGACAGUGGAGAGCAACGACGAGCGGAGCAGGCAUUGGCCUGCUCUCGCCAUGCAGGUUCCACACGAGCAGUUCCACAUGGCAUGGCAUGCAACACGUGGGAUGGCAGUAAGCCGGGAUCGCGAGUACGAGUACGGACGACUACGCAGUCCAGAAGCGAUCGUCAGGAGCAGCGCAGAACGAGAUCGAGAUGUGACCAACACUGUCUGGCUGCAGGCUGGCUGCAGAUGUCUACGAGUGUCCUGGUCGAUGGCUGCUGA